AGAGAAGAGAGAAAGAGAAGGGAGUGAGCUGUUCCGGAGGAGCUGGUUUGAAAGCUCGCCGAGGGAGAAGUAGAUUGCCGGAAACGAGCAGCUACGCCGGAGGAGAAGCUCUUGGGCCGGAGAGAAAGGAAUCCGAUGCGGUGCCGUCCCUGCGCGCCGGAGAAAGAGACCACUUCCCAUCCGUCACUGACUCACAAGCAGAGGUAACCGUACGUGCCAGACUGUUUCUUCGCCGGAGCAGAGGAGCCUUGCCGCCGGACUGGUAUCCACGUCGGAGAAUGAAGAAACGCUGCUGUCGUCGGACUACCUUGCUACCAUCGGACCGGACUGUUGCUACUGCCAAGGAGUAUCGCAGCCAACGACCCGCCCUGCUGUCACCGUCGGAAAUCGUCGUCUACGCUUGCGGGCUGGGAGUCAUCGACGAGGAAGAUGACUUUUCUUCUUCUUCUAUACGAAAGGUGACUCUACCUAGAGACCGGAGUAAAAGACGUGAACUAGGAGCGUCACCAAGUUGAGGUGAGGUUGAUUCUGUCGAUUGAUGAUUGCUUGCAUGGCCCGAGAGCGAAUUAGAAGUCGCCUUAGUUAUACUAGUUAUGAAAUAAACAUUUACUUUACAAACACUUUAUUUUUAUUAAAUUAGUUGUUAUGUUUUAGUUGCCUGUGCAUCCGGAUGAGAGAUGACCGGAUGUGGCGGUAACACCCAUUUCCCUAUUAAGACUUCCGUUGUAUCUCUGAUGUUUUCAAAUAAAGUUGAUAAUUCC